AUGAUCGAAUUCCCAACUUUGCAACCCGCAUUCAGCCUCCAGCCGAUGGUUGGCGGGAGAGUGAAAAGUUUACCAGGCUUUUCCCCAGCAUUCAAUGGCGAAUUUGUCGGCUCUGGCAACGAUUAUAUCCGUGUUGAUCCUGACGGCAAACAUUUCAGACUGGAUGCUCAUGGGGUGAUCCGAACAGACGAUGGCGCGGUAUGA